CAAAAUGAAUAUAAUGCCGACAUAAAAUAUAAAUGGAAGCGUUAAAUUAGGGAAACAAACGGAAUCAAAAUUAAUUGAGAUCUCUGAUUCAAAAAAAAAAAGAAAAAAAGAAGAGAAUCUUUAUUGUUGUAGAAGAAGAAGAAGAAGAAGAAGAGAAAACUUUGAAAUUGAAAAAAUGGGAGCAGCGAAGAAUAUCUGGGCAUUAGCCAACGCCGAAGAUGAAGCUAACGUCGCCGAACAAAUUCCUUAUUCUUCGUUCGUCGUCGAUACGUCUUUGCCUCUUCCUCUCAUGAUUCCUCGUAUCAUAGAGUUAUGUAAAGAUCUGUUCAAGAAUUGGCGAGAUCUUGAUGAUUCACUCUUCUCUGUUGAGAGAGUAUCUGGAGGCAUCACUAAUCUAUUGCUCAAGGUUUCUGUGAAGGAGGACACUGAUAAACAAGUGUCUGUUACAGUGCGACUGUAUGGGCCUAACACGGAGUAUGUUAUAAACCGGGAGAGAGAGAUACUGGCUAUCAAGUAUCUCUCGGCUGCCGGAUUUGGUGCCAAGUUGCUUGGUGGAUUUGGAAAUGGCAUGGUGCAAUCAUUCAUCUAUGCAAGAACCUUAGAGCCAUCAGACAUGAGAGAGCCAAAGAUUGCUGCGGAAAUUGCCAAAGAACUUGGAAAGUUUCAUAAAGUGGACAUACCAGGUUCCAAGGAACCUCAGCUGUGGGUUGAUAUCUUCAAGUUUUAUGAAAAAGCAUCUACUCUUAGGUUUGAAGAGCCUGACAAGCAGAAGCUCUUUGAGACAAUUUCGUUUGAAGAACUACAUAAAGAAAUUAUUGAGCUCAGGGAAUUCACAGGCUUACUUAACGCACCUGUGGUGUUUGCUCAUAACGAUCUACUAUCAGGAAACCUGAUGCUGAAUGAUGAAGAAGAGAAACUAUACUUGAUUGAUUUCGAGUAUGGAUCAUACAAUUAUAGAGGCUUCGACAUUGGAAAUCACUUCAAUGAAUAUGCAGGAUAUGACUGUGAUUACAGCAUGUACCCAACUAAAGAGGAACAAUAUCAUUUCAUCAAGCAUUACUUGCAGCCAGACAAACCAGACGAGGUUAGUAUCGCUGAAGUAGAAUCAGUCUUCGUAGAGACAGAUGCAUAUAAAUUAGCAUCUCAUUUGUACUGGGCAAUAUGGGCGAUCAUCCAGGCAAGGAUGUCUCCCAUUGAGUUUGAAUAUUUGGGUUACUUCUUUUUGCGGUACAAUGAAUACAAGAAGCAGAAGCCACUUACCUUUUCACUUGUUACAUCUCACCUGUCUGCAUCGGUGUAGCCUUUGACCAAAAUGGUUAAAUCUUUGUUUAUUUUUUUGUCGUGUUGUUAUCAAUUCUUGUAAAAUUUGUUUGUGUUGUUAGUUAAACCUUGUAUGGUUUGUAAUACAAACUUUGUAUGAAUGAACUUGAUUUGUGGAAAUAGUCGCAUUUUAUAUUAA